ACUCCCUAAUUCCUUGUUUACCAAUUUAAAAAGUACUUUACAGACAGUUAUAUUCUACAUUGUUCUGUCAAGUUUCGAACAAUUUAACUGCUACAAAGUCCAGUCAUUUUGGUUUCAGUGUCAGUGGAAUAAAACAUUUGUUUUAACAUUAUCAACAAUAAAUUGCUUGUUUUCCAGGUUGCUUGUGUACACUUGAACAAUGGUUCAAAAAACUGAAAUCUUUAACGAAGCUCGUAAUAUUGCACGGAGUUUGAUCGAGGGCAUCGUAGAUGAAGUAAUGAAAACUGUACUUGAGAGGAAAGACACGUGCUUUGGAUCCUUGGAGACAGUAAAGGUGCAGUUCACCGAAGAUGAAGACAUUUUUACCUUUCAUUCUGGAAUGGCAGAGAUUAUCGAGCAAUCCAAAGUGUUGGAUACUCUGGGAGCACCACUCUCCACAACCCCGGUCCGGAAUGACGGCUGCUACCCCAACCUUACCGACCUGCAAGACGUGUGCGUCCUCAGCUCUGCUCAGACGAGCUCGAACAAGCAAGGGGAAGGAGACUACCAGCCUCCGACAAUUCGAGAAGCCACUGCCUUCUACCGUCUAGGCCUGGAAACCGACGAAUGCUGCCAAGGGCGGAGUCAGUAUCGCAAGAGCUUCUCUAUCUCUUCUCUUAACACAGAGACCUCUACUAACGAGCUGAUUGCGGAAAUGCGUAGCGACAUCAACGACUUGUCGUUUGACAACAUCCACCUGAGUGAUACUGACGCCGAAGACGAACCGCUGGUCAGUCUUGGUCACGCAGACGAUGUCGUAUCGACACACCCCCGGAAGAAGACAAGACAUGUUCUCUCAUUCCUCACGAAGGCCAGUAUUUAACCCAAGAGGAUGUUAGCAAGGACUCUUCGCAAGAUGAUACUUGUGCCGUAAACAGAACUCAUUCUCAGCAGAUUGACAAUAAGGAGUUCGUUCCAAGCUGUGAAAGUGAAACACUGGACGAUAAAAGUGUGGAUGGUUUCUUCCCGAAUGUUUCGGAAAUAUACCAGAGCAGCUCUUCACACAAAAAUCUACACCAUUCAAAAAAGUUCUGUCAAUUCAAUAAUAAACUUUACUUUCCUUUGAAUUCAGAACUUUCGUACGAUUACUUUCAGCAGGACUGUUGUAGUCCGUGCAACCAGAAUACAAAUGAGGACGAAGAAGAGUACGAAUUGCUGUCAGAGAGCAGUCAUGAGUUGAUCAAUGUCGAAGGGGAAGAAGAAUCGUUUGAUUUGGAACGGAGCUAUCAUGCAACAAAUCCUUUCGUGAAUUCUAUAUUUAGCUCGAGCGUACCAUCGUCUUUGGUAAUAUCAAUCGACGGUCCUCCGAACGAACAAAACGAUUCCGGCGGGAAGGAAAAAGAAAUUAACACGAUCACGGUUGUGGCGGAAGUGGAACGCCCGAAGGAAGUGGUCAAUUGGGAAGAAGCUCUGGAAGUACAACUGAACGUUACAGAACCUGGGAAAAACUCAGAGACCGACAACGAAGAAGAGGGCGAUGACAUAAUUCAAAGUAGAGAGUAUUGGUCUAAUGUAGGGUUGAUGGUAGAACAUGAUGCCGACCCAACGUAUCUAGGACCUUCAAUCGUUCCAGGAAUAGAGUCUUUGAAGGGUGUACAGCGGGUACAGGAGAAGUGUUUAGGACACGAGACUGAUGAUGGGAUAUGGGUUUCGAAGUCUCAAAGUAUGGAUGACUGUGUAUUACAAACUAAGCAGGAGUUUAAAGAAGACGAGAAAGUUAAUUAUCUGUCCUUCCCAAGAGGAGUUGAAGAGAAGAAAAAGAAAAAGAAAUUACUUUCAAGAAUAUCCACAUCCAUAUUUUGUGUUUUCAGAUCGAAAAAGAAGGACUCAAAACUGCAUUCGUAAUUGUUUAACAGCUUAAAAAACUGUAUAAUACAAAGAAUUGGUACCACUCAAAUAAUUAUUUAACAAAAAACAGCAGACAUGUCAAAACAACAAAGAUAGGGUGUUUGGUCCAAAUUUAAGGUGAUGUUAAUAGUGAUGCAGUUCAUAUCAAUUUGUAGAUGCAAUACCAAUACUUUAAAGUAAUUUCCAAAUUUGGUAUAAAAAUGCAUCUUUUUUAUAAGAUGCCCUGGUUGUAAAGACCCAUGUAAAAUAAAUAAACAAUGUUAUUUAAAACA